AGAGCAUGUGCUGGAGUGCCAGAAUGGGACAGAGGAGGAUGUUUCAGGACUGGCCAUGUGGAGAGGGACAGGGCUGUAAAGUAUUGCAUGCUGCUAGUGCGUGAUGUCUGGUGGUGGCAGGACUGGACAAGGUGGGAGGCAUGGAGCUGCAUGGUGCUGGUGACGCGCCGCUGCCUAUUAAUCAUUCACCAGCCGGGGAGCAGCAAUUACUGCCACUCGGAGCGAGAGGCGCGGGCAGCCGCCUCCUUCCCCAUGGCAGCGCCCCGGAGCAGCCGCGCCGGGAGCCCGGUCGGGAUGGCGAGCCCGGCCGGCGGCAGCCGCCUGCUGCGCUGAGCGGGGGGCGGGGAGGUCCGGGCGGAGGAUGCUCCCCAAUGGCACCUGCGCCAGGCUUCCGGGCGGUGCAGGUAGCGACAGCGGCGGCAGCGGCGGCGGUGGCGGCGGAGCCGGCAGCGCCUCGGAGGAGGCGGCGGGGGGCAUGGACUCGGGCGGCAGGAACUCCUCGGGCGCCCCGAACAGCACCCUGAGUGAGUCUCAGGGCAGCGCCAUCCUCAUCUCAUUCAUCUACUCCGUGGUAUGCUUGGUGGGGCUGUGUGGCAACUCCAUGGUCAUCUACGUGAUCCUACGCUAUGCCAAGAUGAAGACGGCCACCAACAUCUACAUCCUCAACUUGGCCAUUGCGGAUGAGCUGCUGAUGCUUAGUGUCCCCUUUCUGGUCACCUCCACCCUGCUGCACCACUGGCCGUUUGGCUCACUGCUCUGCCGCUUGGUGCUCAGCGUGGAUGCCAUCAACAUGUUCACCAGUAUCUACUGUCUGACUGUGCUCAGUGUGGACCGCUACAUUGCUGUGGUGCACCCCAUCAAGGCAGCUAGGUACCGACGGCCCACUGUGGCUAAGAUGGUCAAUUUGGGUGUCUGGGUGCUUUCCAUUCUCAUCAUCCUGCCCAUCAUCAUUUUCUCUAACACAGCAGCCAACAGUGAUGGAACAGUAGCUUGCAACAUGCUCAUGCCAGAGCCCACGCAGAGGUGGUUGGUGGUCUUUGUUGUCUACACGUUUCUGAUGGGCUUCUUGCUGCCUGUGGUGGCCAUCUGCCUCUGCUACAUCCUCAUCAUUGCCAAGAUGCGCAUGGUGGCACUGAAGGCUGGCUGGCAGCAACGCAAGCGCUCGGAGCGCAAGAUCACCCUCAUGGUCAUGAUGGUGGUGAUGGUCUUUGUCAUCUGCUGGAUGCCCUUCUACAUCGUGCAGCUGGUCAAUGUCUUCGUAGAGCAGGAUGAUGCCACCAUCAGCCAACUCUCUGUCAUCUUGGGCUAUGCCAACAGCUGUGCCAACCCCAUCCUGUAUGGCUUUCUCUCAGACAACUUCAAGCGGUCCUUCCAGCGACUGCUUUGCCUCAGUUGGAUGGACAAUGCUGCAGAGGAACCCAUCGACUACUAUGCCACUGCCCUGAAGAGCAGGGCAUACAGCGUGGAGGACUUCCCUCCAGACAACUUGGAGUCAGGGAGCAUGUACAGGAACGGCACUUGCACCUCCAGGAUUACCACCCUUUGAGGAAGCAUUCCUGUCCUGACUCUCCCCUACUGCCGUCCAGCAGGAGGGUGAGCGAGGCCAGGGCUGUGGCAUGGGGAGGCCAGGAGGGAGGGGGUUUCGGUCCUGCCCACCAGCAGUGGUGUUUGGCACAAGAAGGAGCGAAGAAAACCCCAUGUCCUUGCUCUCCUGCUCCAUCACCCUCUAUCUGCCUCCUUUGAGAGCGGAUGCAUUUGUUGAGGCUUUGACACCCACAUAGCAAAUUGUUGCACUUGUGGGCCAAUUUAGGGUCUGGCAGCCAGGCUCUGCCACUCCUCUUUAUGUCUGAUAAGUGGCUAUAUGGGUCCUGCAGCGACUCUCCCCUCACCUUUUGUACAGGUUUGCCUCCCCCUUGGUUGGUGGGACCCCUCCCAUCAAGGCCACUGAGUCAAGCCUGCUUCAGUCAAGCCCCAGCAUUCAGGCUCAGACUGCCCCCUGACUGAAAGCAACCCUGCUCAGCACCUGCCAGUACACACUUGCCCCUCAGAGAGUAGAAAUGCUGGGAAAAGUCCCCCCUGGCACACACACCCAGCCCUCCCCCAGGAAAGAGCAAGUAUCCUCUCUCUGCCCCACCCCAGGAAUAAAAAAGAAAGCGAGGAGCAAAAAGGCCCCGAGAAAAGCAGCAGCAUAGUUACAGAGCUGUCUUUUGCUUUGCAAACAGCUUCCACCUCACUGGGGCUCUGGCUUUCUGUGCUGUGCUUGGGGUAAGCAGGGUAGAAAGCAUCUUUGGAUAAAAAAAUCUGAUUAUUGCUGUGCUCCAGAGCUGCACAGUGGGUUACUGAUAACAGGAGAUAAACAGUCCCGUGACUCACAGGGAGCAGAGCACUGAGCGGGGAGUCGGGGCAGGGGGCACGCAGCUGGGAAAUGUUUGAAUGUGUCCAUACAUACAAUAAAGUGUGUUAAUAAUAAAGUUUAAAGGGAGCGCUAGACUGUGAAGCUAUUGUUUUGCGCCUGCUCCAUCAGCUGUGAAACAGCGGUGAAGGCAGCUGAGACGGUUUUGAAUGACCUGGGUGGCCGUAAAGUCACUUUAGCCUACAAGAAAAAAGAGGGAUUAGAUUCAAAAUCUUUAUCAGGCUCUGAAAUAAAUACUUGACAAAAAUGGUAGCUGUUUGAUAAUAGCUAUUACCCUAGCUCCAGUCUCUUCUGUUGCACUAACAAAAAUAAAAUGGGUUUUAUAUGUUGCCAAUGUAAUAUACUGGCCCAGAGCUUGUUAAUGUUUCAUUUCUGAGAAUUCUUGUUUUUAGUGUGUGCCAGACAUCUUUUUGUUUGACUUUUUUUUUAUUUGAUUCUUGUCACUGUGUUGUGAAUGUGUUUCUCUGAAGCAAUUUAUACUGUGUACUUAUGUCUGUGGUGGUUACUUACAAGGUUGCAUUUAAAAUUAGUGAUGCUCAAGAAGGCUCCUUUAGAGAUAAAAAGGCUGUCACUUUUUCUAACUCUUUCAUCUACAUUGUCUCCCGCACAAAAUUCUCUCUCUUGAAUUUUCUCCCACUCUUAGACAGAACAAUUUUCGUAUAGAAAAAUGGAGCUUUCUUGUUUGAUAAAUAACAGCCGAUUAAACAAAACCUUCUCUUUCUGUUCCCUCUUAUCCCAGAUGUAAGAAUCAGUACAGAACAUGUUGAAAUAAGCAGCUAUGUUUUUUGCUUUCUACCACCUAUGUUAACAGUGCCACACAGUGGCAGGUGUCCCAGUAGCUGUGGCAAAUCAAUUCUCUAGCACAAUGCUGUGGUUGUAUUAUUUAUAACUACUGGCAAUCUGAAGGAAGAGAUAGGGAAAAAUCUCUAGUAGCAUCAUACCCCUAGCAUUGUACUUGUAGCUAUGGUGCUUAAGUACAGUGUUAAGUGUAAGCUGACAAUUAAGGCAUCUAGCAUUUGCAGUGGUAGACUCACUAAAGGUUUUGUUAAAUUAUACCCUUUAACUUUCCUCAGCAGCAAAAAGCAGGAUACUACUUUGUAAAAUUCUUUCAUCAAAAAUUAGAUACUGUUAAAUGAAUGUGUAAAUUUAGUAUUUCAAAGUUGUCUGAUUCAAAGCCCAUCGAAAUGAGAUUAAAAAUCCUAAUUCACUUCAAUGGACAGUGAGUCAGCUCCUCUUAGUUUAAAAAUUGCUGAUGUGGAAGCUGUUACAUCCUUAUUAAAAUAUUUUGUGAAAAGCUUUAACAAUUGUACAGUUUCUUUUUUUGUACUUCCCAGUGGAUCUCAUUUAAAGAAAGCAUGCAAAUAUUAAUUUUGGCAAUGUUUUACGUGCACAUAUGAGAGGAAACAAAAACAAGGAUGAAAUCUUUUUAUAAGCUUAUUUAACUUUUCACAGAAACCAAACAUCGGUUGAAACAGUAAAAUGCCCCACAACAUCACAUGAUGCUAUUUGUAGAGGUUCACUUAAAAUCUCACUCACAAUCUCUUCAAGUGGGUAUGAAUCUCACGGUCUCACGUGGUCUUUUCCAUCCAGGAAUAUUGUUGUGUAUGGUCAGAUUAAAUGGAGAGUCAGCCUACUUUCUACUGUUGGAUUUGUUUAACAUCAGAAACAAUAAAGCAAAAGUUAAAAAGCA